AGUAGACAGAUAGGGAGCACAAUGGUUGUGGGAGAAGUGAUCUACACGUUGUUGGAGGUGUUCAUUGCUGUUGGCUGCUGUCUUGGUAAUUUGUUGGUUAUUUUGGCUCUGUGGAGCAGUAAAAGCAUUCAGCAGCCCACCUUCUGCCUUAUUGUCUGUCUGGCUGUGGCUGACUUUAUGGUUGGCUGCGUGGCCAUACCGCUGGCUGUGGUGGUAGACGGACGAGUGAGGACUUCAUUCCAUGGUUGUCUCUUCAUCAGCUGCGUAGUCAUCCUGUUGACACUAGUCUCAGUUUUGUCUCUCACGGCUAUUGCAGUGGACCGUUUCCUCCGGGUCUAUAUCCCUCUCAGGUACAAAAGGACUGUAACACAGAGACAUUCUCGGCUUGUGGUAGCAGCAUGUUGGCUUGUUGCAGUACCACUGAGUUUUGCUCCCAUGCUUGGAUGGUACAACCAUGAAACCUUGUCCAAGUCAGACAACUCUACAAUUGUCUGCCGGUUUAUAGAUGUGAUCCCCAUGUCAUACCUGGUUUACUUCAACUUCUUUCUCUGCACCCUCAUACCUCUGUUGGUGAUGUCUGCACUGUACGUCUACAUUUUCUGCACCAUCCGAGGAAAUCUUCGAGAGAAACCGGGCAACGGCCCCCAAAAACAGUCUCAGAACUACCUCAAGAAAGAGAAGCAGUUGGCAGGAUCUCUAUCUCUGGUCCUGGCUUUGUUUGCCCUGUCCUGGCUCCCUCUCCAUAUUAUGAACUGCAUUGCUUACCUUGGUGAGCUGAAAGAUGUGCCAGAUAUAGCUUUUUAUGUUGGAAUCCUGCUUUCUCAUGCUAACUCAGCUGUUAACCCAGUUGUGUAUGCGUUCAAAAUAGAGAAGAUCAAGACAGCGUACUUGAAGCUCUGGAGAGACCAUAUUGCAUGUGGAGAAGAAAAUCAAGGCUCUCAAACAAGUCAGACGACAGACAAUAACCUCAGCAGUAACAUGAACAGUGUGGGCAAAAUUGAGUGAAGGAAGUUUUCCUUGUUUUGUUUUCUUCUGCUUUCUCAAGGAGCAGGUUUGGUUGGCUGUUGAGCAUAAUUAAACAUUGUAAAACAUAAUAACGUUGUGUAAAGGUUAAAAGACCCCUUCCACACAUGUUUUAAGAAUAUAACCAUUCUCUGCUAUGAUUUAUAUUUUUCUUUGGUUUUCCUUCAUAAAAAGUAAAGAAAAACUCUGAAAAGGUACCAGAAGCACAUAUACCCUUUACUGCCUCAUUAACAAAUUCUACAGCUGGCCUUGCAGUACAUGGAAGUAUAGGUUGACCCCUGAAAGAACAGUGCAAGUUGGACACACAGCUCUGUGGCACUGUGGCAGUAGUGUGGGCUUCAGGUCUCUGUUCUCUGUUAGAGGAAACAUCGGUGAGCCUCCAGACUCCGAUGAGUCUGUUGGUCACCAAAAUCAGCAACUAGCAGAUGUAUCGGAAUGGUAACUGUAAUUAGCAUCUUUUAGCUUGUUUAUGUCGUUUGUAAGCUUGUAACUGGCAGUGGCUGGCACAGUGUUAGUGCUUGUAAAGUAAUGUAUAAUAAUAUCUUUGAUGUGACAGUGUAUUUUUGCCGCUCAGUUUUCUUUCAGGGUUUCUGCUUUUUCUAUUUGCUUUCGUACCUAAUCUAACUUGUCAGGCGCAGUUUCUAAUCUCAGUUUUUAGGGAAGUGCACAGACAUCUCCCCCUUCAGUAGAGGAAUAUGAAAACGCAUCUCAAGUGACAAACUUCUAGUUUCAAGGUCAGUUAUUUUAGGGGACAUGAACAUUUAAAAAGAAAAAUUGAAGUGAAGUGGGACUUAAACAAGGCCAGUUAGAGUUUGUGAAGUGUAUUGAAAUAUUUUUUUAAUCAGUUUAUUGAUACACUAAACGUAUGUAGAGCCAACUGCACUCAAAGAUCUUGUAUCUGUAAUGUUCAGGAAUCUGAUUGCUGUUAGCUGCUGUCUUGGUAAUUUGUUGGUUAUUUUGGCGCCGUGGAGCAGUAAAAGCAUUCAGCAGCCCACCUUCUGCCUUAUUGUCUGUCUGGCUGUGGCUGACUUUAUGGUUGGCUGCGUGGCCAUACCGCUGGCUGUGGUGGUAGACGGACGAGUGAGGACUUCAUUCCAUGGUUGUCUCUUCAUCAGCUGCGUAGUCAUGAUGUGAUUCGGCAUGCAUGUGUGAAGAUUGUUGUGAAAUCUGUCUUGUAGAGGGAAAGUGCAACUUCCACUUGUCGUAACAGCUUUGGUUCAGCUUCAUAUCACUGUUGUUUUUCUGUUUCUAUUCAAGUUCCAGUUCUUCAUGUUCAUUUUAACAGAAAGCACACUCUUUGUUGGAAAUAACCUUUACACUAUGUGAAAAGAGGCCUCAAAAAUGACCAGAGUCGUGUCAACUAGUCUCAACAACCAAUUUCACAAAGGAGGCAACGGUUGUAUUGGAUGGCAUUAUAUUGUACAGAUCAGAUUGAUAUUCGAUAUUACCAAAAUAUAACCAACUACCAGUUGAACUGCCACCAUUUAAAAACAACAACAAAAACGUAAAGGAAAGGUUUUUUUAAUAGAUUUUUAUUUUUAACAAGCGAUCUCAAAAGAAAGCACUUGAAAGAAUUCAUGUAUAUCUCUGCUAAAUUACAGAAGCAACUCAAUCUUAAACCUGUUUAAUCUUAAUAAACUAUGCAAUGUGUAAUGCAUUUUUUGAUCAUUUUUAAUUUUAGAAGUUUGUAAAUUAUGUACAGUGUCACAAUGAGACAUUUGCACCCAGAAGUGGUAAAAGUAAAAAAGGCACCAAACAAAACCAAGAUAAAUAAACUUCAGAGAUAAAUACAACUUUUUUUUCUCAUCAUUAUUUAUUUCAUUCUUCUGUCAUAUAUGUUUUUACAUUAAGUUGUAUGAUUUCUGAAAUUCUGUGAGAGUUCCCUAUUGUUUCUAUACAGUAAAUGCUGCAUUUCUUAUCAGGUUUGUAUAGUUUGUGCUUUGCUGUUGUGAAAGUUAAGCCCUUGGUUUUCAUUUCCUCAUUUUAAGAAACAUUGCUACUAUAUCUUGCUUAACUUCUGUCAAAUUAAACUUGUUUGUGAAUGAAUACAGUCUUUUAGUGAGCAUGUACUUCAUGCCUACUGUAAACAGUUUAUGCAUGUUUUCUUUCUACCAUUAUUAGCCAUUCAACUAAUUAUUUUCUGUACACCACAACUCUCAACGCAGCAUACAGCUAAAUUUAAACUUAAACCACUGUUGUUUCCUCCUACUGCACUUUGAAUGAUUGUUAAUGACAUGUCUUUCACAACUAUCUGUCAGAAACUCAACUGACUGAACAUGACUCUGGGUAUAAAAACGUUGGUGC